AGAAGGCAACACGUCCUCCUCAGUCGCCAAAACUGUUUCCGUGGAGCAAAGUUAAUUGCGGUUGUAAGGUAAAAUGCCGGCUGGCGCGAGAGUGACAGCGGGUAAAAGGCCACGUGAAGUAUGGCUGCGCAAUUAGGCGCCUGUUACGCUCCGAGCUGGAAGGAGCAGGAGCCACGUGAAGCAUCAAAUUCUCCCUCAAUAUAUAGAUUAUUAACCCUGUAAAUAUGCAAGAUUUGCAUUUACAUUCAUGUCGUGAAUUACAAAAAACACAAGAACCUUGAGUGGAGGAAUCUUUCCCACUGUCCUCCACUCAGACAUCCAGUGCACUGUGACGUGUUUCCAUGCGAGGUGCUCAUUAAGAGGGGACGUUUGGUUCCUCUGACGUGUGUAUCAGUCCUCUGACGGUACCUGCCCCCUUAUAAGCCUCGGUAAGUCACCCGGGAGACCUCCACCAACGUUUUACUUUACUGUCUCUGGCGCGGCAAAAAGGGGGACAGAUCGAGGCUCCAAAUAAAACCCUCAAACUGUUCCGGUCCCUGAUUUCUGCCUCAGGUGCUCCAGCACAUGAAUCAAGAAGUACUUGAGGUCUCCAUGCCCUCCCGUUCCUAGCAGAAGCCCGGUGCGACAAUGACCAUCCAUGUAGAGGGGCUUGUGGCUAUCGCGGUCUUCUAUCUGCUCAUCCUGGUAGUGGGCAUCUGGGCGGCAUGGAAGAACAAACACUCCGGGGAGGCGGAGGGCACCGACCGCAGCGAAACCAUCAUGGUCGGAGGGAGAGACAUUGGAUUAUUUGUCGGUGGAUUUACUAUGACAGCGACCUGGGUUGGGGGAGGAUACAUCAAUGGCACGGCUGAAUAUGUGUAUUUACCUGACUUUGGCUUGGCUUGGGCUCAAGCUCCCUUCGGAUAUGCCCUUAGUCUUGUUGUGGGGGGCCUUUUUUUUGCUAAACCCAUGCGGUCGAGAGGUUACGUCACCAUGCUGGACCCCUUCCAGCAGCUGUAUGGGAAACGCAUGGGUGGCCUCCUCUUCAUACCUGCACUGAUGGGAGAGAUCUUCUGGUCUGCUGCCAUCUUAUCCGCCCUGGGUGCGACUCUGAGUGUCAUCGUGGACAUCAACAUUAAGAUAUCGGUGGUUAUCUCAGCACUCAUUGCAAUCUUUUACACGCUGGUUGGAGGACUUUACUCUGUGGCCUACACUGACGUCGUGCAGCUCUUCUGCAUCUUUGUUGGCCUGUGGAUCAGCGUCCCCUUUGCAUUGGCCAACCCAGCUGUGUCAGACAUCACGAUCACCGCAGUGAAGCAGGUGUACCAGUCACCCUGGAGAGGCAGUGUCCACAAAAGUGACACCUGGGUCUGGAUCGACAACUUCUGCCUCCUGAUGCUCGGAGGAAUACCCUGGCAGGUGUACUUCCAGAGAGUCCUGUCCGCCUCCUCGGCCACCUACGCUCAGGUCCUCUCCUUCCUGGCUGCCUUCGGCUGCCUCAUCAUGGCCGUGCCCUCUGUCCUCAUCGGUGCCAUCGGGGCCUCCACAGACUGGAACCAGACCAGUUACGGUGCCAUCCCUCCUAAAGACAGGGAGCAAGCAGACAUGAUUCUCCCCAUCGUGCUGCAACACCUUUGCCCUCCAUUUGUCUCUUUCUUCGGCCUGGGCGCCGUCUCUGCUGCUGUCAUGUCCUCUGCAGACUCCUCCAUCCUCUCAGCGAGCUCCAUGUUCGCAAGGAACAUCUACCAGCUCGCCUUCAGACAGUCGGCGUCUGACCGGGAGAUCGUGUGGGUGAUGCGUAUCACUAUCUUUGUGUUCGGCGGUCUUGCCACAUUAAUGGCGCUGGUGACAGGGACAGUUUACGGCCUCUGGUACCUGAGCUCAGACCUGGUUUACGUCAUCAUUUUCCCCCAGCUGCUCAGUGUGCUCUUCAUCAAAGGCACCAACACGUACGGCUCGGUGGCUGCUUAUAUGUUCGGCUUGGUGCUGCGUAUCGGUGGAGGCGAGCCUUACCUGGGGCUGCCCCCUUUCAUAUACUACCCAGGCUGGAUCAUGGAGCAGAGGAUACACCAUAUAACUGGAGACACUGAGGAAGUCGUCAUCCAGAAGUUUCCCUUCAAGACCGUCUCCAUGCUGGCCUCCUUCCUCGGUAACGUUGCUUUUUCCUACCUGGCGAAGUACCUGUUUGAGAGCGGGAAGAUUUCCCACAAAUACGACUUUCUCGACGCGGUGGUGUCGAAGCACAGCGGAGAGAUUAUGGAUAAGACCACACUUGUGACUCGUGGCAACAACAUCGGGCUGUCGGAGAUGGCGCCCGUUAAACCGCGGCUGAGCGUGACCUUGGCGGCUGCUUUCACACGCCGUGACACACUGCCAAAAGAAAUGGUGGAAGAAGAGGAUGAGUCAAGUCCUGACUCCUCCCACCAUGACGAGGAAUGACACACUGGAUGAGGAUGAGAUCUAAAAAUGGAAACUGCCAGAAAACUGGUUCCUCAGUGAGAUUAUCUGCAGAGAAGAAAAGACAAACAGACCACAUCGUCUGGACUACAACACCACAUCCUGCUCUGUGGUGGUUGGAUAAAACCCACAUGUCUGGAUAUAUAGUGUAGCAGCUUACUGAUCAUCUGGACAUGAACUCGUCUUUCUGUGAAGUUUAUCAAACUUACACAUGCAAUCAUGUAGAACUUAUAGAUAGUUGGGUGUAUCAUAUAUUCACUUUUUUUCAAAUGGUUCAGAGAUACUUUAAGAAAACUGUGUUCAGAAAUUAUUUCUACUCUGUAAUUUUUCACCUUAUUCACGCGGCGGCCAUUUUCCUCUCAGGGUGUGAAGCUAAAAUGCUGAUAUCAUGCUGCGCUGCUAAGAAAGAUAGAACAAUGAAAAAAUAUUAUCAUUUCACUGAUUCUCAAUUCAACUUCAACUUAUAAGACAUUGGAAAUAACAAUGUAGGAGAACAUUGGGACCUGUUUCAUGGUCCACAACACACAAGCUAACCAUUUCGCUUCCAUAAAACAACAGCUAACAAUAGCAUUCAACCACUUCCCUUCGAACAAUACAGUUAGCUUUAAUAUUAUGCCUUUUCAAUCACUAUUAACAGCUAAUGUUAGCAUUCAGUUACUUCUUAGCUUACAGAUAAUUCAGCUAGGAAGUGACUUAAUGCUAAUGUUAGCCGUCAAAUUCAGAGUAGAAGUAGCACCGGGUUAGCUCGGCAGGGGGAAAACAGACAACAACUGUCUUCUUGCACGAUUAUUUCCCUUCAUUCAGCAAAGCCCACAGAGUGCAGCUUAAGGGCAGCUCAUCAUUUGGGGGGUUUUAAUCCUGCUAACUAGCUAUACGGUUAUUUAGCUCGGCUUACAGUAGCUUUGAUUGCUGAGAAUUACAGACCAAUUGCCUGUGACCAAUUCAGCUGGAGUCGCACAGCCCGCCCUGCUCUUAAACUCAAGAGUGUUUUCAAUCAAAUCAGCACAUGUUGAGGUUUAUUUACUAAAUAGUAUACCACCGUUUUCUUGUUUUUAUUGCAUUAUUAUGACAUGCUGAGGGAGAAAAGGUGUUUAGAAGUGGAGCCACCAGCCUGGUACUCAGCCCUAUGUAUCCCAUAAUUCUCAGUACACAUAGACUGUAAAAGUUACGUCAUCCUUUGUUUUCUGAAGAGGGGUUUGAAGGUCAACGAUGGAGGUCGCCAUGUUGAAAAUGCUGACUCAAGGCUAGCCUUUAGCCUCCUAGCAUACAGCUAUAAUAAAGUCAAGUCAGCCGCAAUCCUUAUGACAUAACCUUAAUAUCCAAAACAGAUGAGUCAUAAAAAAUUCAACCCCUGUACAGUUUGUACAAAUAGAGAAUUAGCAAAUCAAACCUAAGUAGUUUUUUGUAGCAGACUGUUAGCAUGUUCAUUUCUUCUGUUACAUGGAUGUAAACAGAGUCUCUUGAGUUUUUAAAGCUGGUCUCAAUCAAGCAGAAACUUCUGAUCUUAGAACAUAAAGCCGAUGCGGAAGUAUUAAAAAACUGCAGUUCAUUGUGCAUCCACUUGAGGCUGGCUGCAGAAACACCGGAAACCACAUACACACCCAUUCAUAAAUGCUGAUCUUUACAGCAGAAAUAAACAUGUUUACAGCCUGGUUCAAAAAAGGGUUUAGGUCUGAAUAGUUCAUUUCUCUUUCAAAUUUUUUAUAACUCAUUAUUUUUGAAGAUAUUAAACUUAUGAGAUUUGCCCAAAUAAGGGCGUGGCUGACUUGAUUUACAGGCAGGCAUCCUGUAGCUGUUAGCAAAAAAGCUCAAAGCACGCCUCUUUACCUCACACUAUCUCAACAGAAGUUAGGUUGGGUUCAGCAUUUCCAGUAGCCUAUGGCACCCACCGACGAUCGGCUUCAAAACAAAUGGGUGACGUCCCGGAUACUUCAUCCAUUCAUUGUACAGUCUGUGAUCUCAAGUGGACACUUGAGGAACUGCCGUUUUAAGCACUUCAGAUUUAACAUGCUGCUUGGGUUGCGCACCUAAGAACACAAUAAAUCGGGUUUAAUUUUCAGUCUGGUCAGGUAGCGGGCUGAAACUAAUGGCUAGGGCUAGCAGUCAUGACAGAUACAUCUUUCUGCCUUUGGAAUUGGUGUAUUGGUCGCAUCUGUCCAACUUUUUAGAAGAACAAGACUGUAUAAAUGGUGCAUGUUAUUCAAAGCAUUUUACGUCUUUUCCCUUGAAAUUUGAGACCAUGUGCUUCCAGAUCCUCUUUUUUCAGAUUCUUUAAGUCUGAUUGCAGUGAAAUGAUAACUCUUUGUCAGGUUCCCUUCGCUUGUAAUAUAUUAAAAAAUAUAUAUUAUUUUUUUAUUUACUUUUCCCAUUAUACAUCUAUACACCAUAACAAACGAACAAACAUGAAACAAAAACAGACAAAUUAUAAUGCUUUAACUCAACCUUUGUGGGAACCUAAAACAACGGCAGUGCAGCAUGAUAACAGCAUUGAAGCUUUGAGGGUGACCUCUUAGGAAAAUGGCCCUGGUCUGAAUAUGGUUGAUUUAAAAGGAGUGUAUGCCAAGGUGUGUUAAAUUAGAUAAAAGCAAUAACUCAUGCAAACACUUGAGUACCUGUUCCUGUAAAAGAAGAAGACUGAUGGGAAACAGGACGAUAUGUAGAUCUAAACCCAUCCAGUUAUUUUAUAUUUUAACUUAAGAUGUGCAGCGUUGGAAUAUCUGGAACUGACUUUAAAAAAUGAUCUAACAAAGUCAAAGAUUGAACAUGUUAGCCAACAUCCAAAACGUGUUAAUUUGACUUUAAUUGAAGUGUCGACUCUCUUGUGUGAUAUUUAAUAUCCUAAAAAGACACAUCAUGACUGUGAAUUGAGACAGAACAAUCCAUGUAUCAUGCUGAGUAGAUAAUAUACAAGCUGUAGUGGUGGUAGUUGACUUGAAACAUUAGAUAAUAUUCUCUUUAAUGUCAGGUGUAGACGCAGUUUGAAACAUAGAAUCAGUGUACAUUAGUGUUUAAAAUUAUCUUGUAUUUUAACUGCCUUAACGAAGCUCAAUAAAGAGACACUUUUAUUUCUCCAGUCUGGACUGAUCUCCGGUCGGACUGUAGCAAACAAAGACUUGAACAUGAAUGUAACCUCGUCAAAAGAUCGAACUAUAUCGAGUAGUUCUGCUGUCCGUGUACGUUUGUGAUUCUUUGCAGAACAAAGUGGCGGCAGGUUCUGCUUCACGGAUCUGUUCAUUUGUUUUAACAGCAGUGUACAGAGGAUUUUCUUUGUGACGUGUAUGUUGUAUGUUAUGGAGGGGGGGAAAGUAUAUAGAGAUAACAAGUGAUGCUGGUUCAAACUGUUCAUAUAAGAUGGAAAGGAUGCUGUCUAAAUGUUUAUUUAUUUUUGAUGUCACAAAAGAUGAAACAAUAAAAAAGAAGAAAUUAUGUCAGGAGAUAUAUAAACACUACUUUUCUAAGAAAAA